AUGUGUAGAAUUUUUGUUUGGACAGGUGAUAUUGUUGCAAGCAGGAAGAGCCCAAUUGCAUGGAAGACUAUCUGCAAGCCCAAAGCACAGGGUGGGCUAGGGAUGAUCAAUCUCACACUAUGGAAUAAGAUUACAAUGCUCAAAUGCUUAUGGAAUAUUUGCAGAAAAUAUGAUAAUAUGUGGGUUAAAUGGGUCCAUAUGUAUUACUUGAAGGGGCAAGAUGUGAUGGCAGCUAGAAUUACUCAGAAUUGCUCCUGGGUGAUGAAACGGAUCUUAGACCUAAGGGAGGAAACUCAGCAACAUCUUCAGGUUUGGACUAAGAGUUUGCAUCAGGAAAAAUUUAACAUGCGUAUGCUGUAUGAUGGCAUGAGUGAAGAAGCCCCAACUGUGGAAUGGAGGUGGCUAUUUCAGAGGAAUGCAGCUAGGCCCAGGGCUCAGUUUAUUACUUGGCUCCUUUGCCAUGGCAAAUUAGCAACUAAAGAUAGACUUCAUAGAUUCAACAUGAUAUCAGACACUGAAUGCAGCAUCUGCCAGGCAACAGAGGAGUCUAUACCUCACCUAUUCUUUGAUUGUAGUGAGAAUGCUGCAGUAUGGCAUCAGGUUCUUCAAUGGCUUGGCAUCGCACACCAUCCUCUCCCUUGGAUAGACGAAUUGAGGUGGGUUAUUCAUGGAGUAACUAGAAAAGGAUGGAGAGCUUGCCUUCUCAAGCUAGCUUUUACUGAGACAGUUUAUGGGAUUUGGCAUAGAAGGAACUCCAUAGCUUUUAAACACACGACAAAUAGAGAUAUCUUACAAAGCAUUUUAGAUAAUAUUGUAUAUAGGGGUUGGCAAUACAAAAAGACUAGGAAACACAUAGCUUUUUUGAUGUUAUAG